CCUGUUUGUAAGUUUUGGCAUAAAAAAGGAAAUAUUAGAUAUUGUAGCAUGGCAGCGUAUGGCAGUCACAGUAGCGGUGGCUGAGAAACAAGAGGAGGGAGAUUUUGCAAAAAGGAAGAAGGUGAUUGAUGUAUUGGGUUUCAUCAUCAAGAAGAGAGCAAUUCGAAAGGUGAUGUAAAGGAAAAGAGAAUGGAAAAAGAAGAAGAGGAUCGUAGAAGAGAAGCUGCAAUCGCAUCCACACCCUGCCUCCGACCGAAUUUCAAACCUAAAGGCGUCACGCAGCACCAGCUCGAAAAAUUUCGUGAACUACACAAGAAGCGCUUGCAAGUGAAGUCAAAAUCAAAGUUCAAAAUAAAAUCCAAAGACGGGGCUAACAAAAAGUCACAUGGUGAUGAUUUAUGUAGCCAAGACAGUGUAGCUCAAGGUUCAAAAGUUGAUCACAAGGAAUCAGGCUACUGGAAUGAUUGUGAAGAAAUUGAUUCUAGAAAUGAAGACGAAAAGGAUGAUAUACCUGUGAUUUCCGCGCCAAAUAAGCGAAAAUUGCAUUGGGGGCUUGACACCAAGAACAGGUGGGAGAGGAAAUCCAACAUGUAGAUAUCACCAUUGAACUGAAGUGGGGGAAUUCAUGAAUUUUGGUUAAAAUGACUAUGAGAAGAGGUAAGUGUAUAUUUAAGACCAAAAGGACAAUUGAUGUCACCUGCAAAAAAACACAUGAUCAAAAUUGAUAUCAUUUGCAACAAAAACUCAUGAUCAAAAGACCAUGGGAAUGCCGUGAGACAUUGUGUUGCAAUUACACAUGUAGAGAAUGCUAAGAGAAGAUCAGUUAUCCAUGUUGGGCCUUAAAAGUUAUCACGUAGCAUCACAUAUAUCAGUAAGACAGUAAAUAACUCUGUUGUGGUUAUUUGUAAUAAGUAACUUUGUUAGAUAGAGAACUAAUGUUUUAUUUGGUAUAUUAGCAUUGUAAACAUUUUAUUCUUCAAACAAAUUCUUUGAUCUUUAAUGAAAAAAAACUUAGGAUUUUUGUUGAAGAGUCU